AUUUACUUGGUCAACAGAUAAACUCAAUUUUAACCCCGUGUGUGUUUUGCUCUGAAUAAUAUGGUAUAUAUUCGAUUAGCACGCGUCACAUAAUUUUCGUGUUAUCGAAUAAAAUUCGCCAGGAAUAUGUCGACAGACAUUUGUCAAAAUAGCUGUCAAAAUCAGCGCUAGGAAGCGUUAUCGCGUUCAUUUGCUGGAUCAUUAGCCGUCCAACCUGACUGCUGUGGGGAAAUCUCAACUACUAGUCUGAUGAUCAUGCCUCAGAUAUCAGUCAAUUACAUUUUAUUAUGCGGACAGUUCUGCCUGCUUUUUACAGUGCUGCUUUUACAAUGCCUGAGUGGAAUUCAUUCUCAAAAUUCAACCGAGCAACCCGGAAACAGAGUGACGACCAGUAAAUCGGUUAUUUUACCCGAAGUUAACGUUAAUGUGACGGAAAGCGUUAUUAUACCUACUGAACCAUCAAAUCAUACGGAUCAGUAUGAAUACAAUCCUACAUCUCCGGUGGUGCUUUGUCGAUAUCUACCAGAAGAAUUUAUAUUCUGUCAAGAUCCUGUUGAUCAUGGUGGUAAUGUCUCAGCUUUUCAGGAACUGGGCUAUGGGUGUGUGAAGUUUGGAGGUCAAGCGUACAAAGAUGUGAAUCAUACCCAAGUGUUAUGCACCGCAUUGGAUGGCAUAGAGUGUGCCGGACCCAGGGAGUUUCUCAGAGGCAAUGAGCCAUGCAUUAAAUAUACAGGGCACUACUUCAUCACCACUCUACUGUAUUCAUUUUUCCUGGGAUGUUUUGGUGUCGAUCGGUUCUGUCUUGGGCACACUGGGACUGCAGUAGGAAAGCUGCUUACCUUGGGUGGACUUGGCAUCUGGUGGUUUGUGGAUCUCAUUCUUCUGAUUACAGGUGGACUGACUCCAAGUGACAGCAGUAACUGGUGCACUUUCUAUUGACUGUGGUUAAAGUGGCUGUAUUCAACUGAAUGAAAACCUAAAGGUUUCGUUGAACACAUUGUAUAAAUUGUGGGUGUCUUAUUUGCAUUAUUUGUAAAAUGCUGUCUUUCUUUAUUUGUAAAGUGUUUGUGAAUAUGUACUGUAUAGAAAUGUCACCCUCCGAGAGUGAAAUUCUUAAUUAAUAAAUUAAUAUUGAAGUCA